UUUUUUUUUUUUUAAAGGUGGGGGGCCUUGAGCAGGGUUUGACUUUUUUUUUUCUUUCUGGACUGAAAUGGAGGCUUUCUUUCAGGCGAAUUCCCUGAUGUUUGCUCUGUGUGAUUUGGCUCUAUCUCUGUAACUGCUAAUAUGUGGCAUGGACUUCAGGUUGUUUGGGAUCUGGAUGUGCACAAAGUCUGUGUUGCAAGCCCGGAUUCACAGACAGUAUGUUACAAACCUGGCUUGCUGCCUCUGUUUUCUUUUUCUGUGUCCUGAGUAGCUGCAUUGUUUGUUGCAGUAUAUGCAUUGCCUGUUGUGUGUGUUCAGUUUCCUUCAGACUGACAAAGUGGGAGGGGCUUUGAUACAUAGCUGGGUUUUCACUGUGAGUUCUUGAGUGCACAUUGCAGCCAUCUUAAUUACACUUUUGUGCAACUGAGACUGUGCAGCUGUCUCAAAAUGGCUGCUAACCUAGUCUUUGUAGCUGCUUAGGCAGCAAGUAUGUUAGUGAGGAGACUUGUCACAUACAUCAGGACCAGAGAUUCAAAAUGGAUAGUAUAGAAGAACCUCAGAAAAAAGUCUUCAAAGCUCGGAAAACAAUGAGAGUGAGUGAUCGUCAACAACUUGAAGCUGUGUACAAAGUCAAAGAAGAACUGUUAAAAACUGAUGUCAAGCUAUUAAAUGGCAACCAUGAAAAUGGAGAUUUGGACCCAACCUCACCUUUGGAAAAUAUAGAUUAUAUUAAAGAUAAGGAGGAAGUGAAUGGUAUUGAAGAGAUUUGUUUUGAUCCUGAAGAAAAUAAAACAGAAUGGAAAGAAAUGUCCUGUAUCCUAAAUGUUAAUGUAAAAAACAAGCAGGAUGAUAAUUUAAGUUGUGAACCUUUGUCUCCUAAGAAUAUAACUCCUGAAUCAGCCUCUAAACUGACCACUGAACCAGCUUCUGGUGAUCCAGCCACUGUAGAUCCAGACUCUGAAGAAUUAGCCUCUAUAGAUCCUGCCUCUGGUGAUCCAUCUGCUGAUCCCUCCUCUGCUGAUCCCUCCUCUGCUGAUCCUUCCUCUAGGGAGCCUGUCUCUGGUGAUCUUAGCUCUGGUGAUUCCACUUCUGGUGAACCGGUUUCUACUCAAGUGAUUUCUGGUGAGCCAGUUUCUGGUGAACCAGUUUCUGGCGAAACUGCCUCUGGUGAAAUAGGUUCUGGUGAUCCUGCUUCUGAUAAUUCAGCCUCUGGUGAUCUAGCUCCUGGUGAACUAUCUUCUGGUGAUCCUGCUUGUAGCGAAUUGGCCUAUGAUGAUCUGGUUUCUGGUGAUCUGGCCUCUGGUAAACUGGCCUCUGGUGAAUUGGCCUCUGAACUGACUUCUGAAUCAACCUUUGAAGCCACCUUUGAACCAAGUUCUGUACCAGUUUGUGAACCAAUUACUGAAGCUGACAAUACAGGGCAGAGUAGCAAAAAAGAUGAUGAUUUUCUUGAAAAAAAAGAUGAUGAUGAAAAGUUAGAUCAAAUUCAGUGUAAAGAUUCAUUUGAUCAGGAAAAAAAAGGUGAUAGUAAUAUUGGUGGCAGUGAAGAAGCUGCAGAAACAGAUAAUACAAUUAUUUGUUCAGAUCUACUUCAUGAAAACGAAAAGAAGGUAGAGGAAGAUCCUAUUACAGAGCUUGCUUUAGGAGAAGAGGCUAUAUCCAGCAGUAUGGAAAUUGACCAUGGUGAAAAGAAUGAAGAUGAAAAUUCUACAGACCUUGUAGAAAGCAUUCAUGAAAAUGUUAAAAAAGACGACAAAAAUGAGAAUAUCUUAGAAAGUGCAGAUUCUAUGGAGACAGAUGAAAUCAUCCCUAUUUUGGAAAAACUUGCUCCUGCUGAAGAUGAACUUACUUGCUUUUCUAAAACUUCUCUCCUUUCAAAUGAUGAGACAAAUCCAGAUUUGGAGGAGAAAAUGGAAGGUUCUUUUGGAUCUCCAUCUAAACAAGAAAGUAGUGAGAGUUUACCAAAAGAAGCCUUUUUGGUCCUCUCUGAUGAAGAGGAUAUUCCAUGUGAAAAAGAGGAGUCUGAAGUUAUAUCGCAAAAUGAGACACGCUCGCCAGCAGAAAUAGAAAGUAAUGAAAAGGACAGCAAACCUGAGGAAGAAGAGCAAGUGAUAGAUGAAGAAGAUGAAAGACCUUCUGAGAAAAAUGAAUGUUCUAGAAGAAAACGUUCUAAAUCAGAGGACAUGGACAAUGUACAGUCCAAACGUCGUCGAUAUAUUGAAGAAGAAUAUGAAGCAGAAUUUCAAGUAAAGAUUACAGCCAAAGGAGACAUUAACCAGAAGCUUCAAAAGGUGAUACAAUGGUUGCUGGAAGAAAAAUUGUGUGCAUUACAGUGUGCUGUAUUUGAUAAGACUUUGGCAGAACUCAAGACACGAGUAGAAAAGAUUGAAUGUAACAAAAGGCAUAAAACAGUUCUUACUGAACUCCAGGCCAAGAUAGCCAGGUUAACCAAACGCUUUGGAGCAGCCAAAGAAGAUCUUAAGAAAAGACAAGAAAAUCCACCAAACCCACCUGUAUCACCAGGAAAGUCUGCAAGUGAUGUCAAUAGCAAUAAUAACAUACCCUACAGAAAUGCAGGCACGGUGAGACAGAUGCUGGAGUCCAAAAGAAAUGUAAGCGAGAGUACACCAUCAACCUUUCAAACUCCUGUAAAUACAGUGUCUUCAACCAAUCUUGUCACUCCUCCAGCAGUUGUCAGUAGUCAACCUAAGCUGCAGACUCCAGUGACCUCAGGUUCUCUGACAGCAGCAUCAGUUCUUCCUGCACCCAAUACAGCUACAGUAGUUGCUACUACUCAGGUGCCUAAUGGAAAUCCUCAACCUACAAUCUCUAUACAACCUUUGCCAGUGAUUUUGCAUGUACCUGUUGCAGUAUCCUCACAGCCUCAGCUUCUACAGAGCCAUCCAGGGACUUUAGUGACCAACCAACCAUCCGGCAACGUUGAAUUCAUUUCUGUGCAAAGCCCACCUACAGUGAGUGGUCUUACCAAAAAUCCAGUAUCCUUGCCAUCCUUGCCAAAUCCUACUAAACCAAACAAUGGUCCUUCUGUGCCCAGUCCUAGUAUUCAAAGGAACUCUCCUGCCAGUGCUGCACCAUUAGGAACAACACUUGCUGUACAGGCUGUUCCCACAGCACACUCUAUCGUACAAGCCACAAGGACUUCUUUACCUACAGUAGGCCCAUCAGGACUCUAUAGUCCAUCAAAUAAUCGUGGUCCUAUACAGAUGAAAAUUCCAAUUUCUGCUUUUAGUACGUCAUCUUCUGCAGAACAGAACAGCACUACCACCCCAAGGAUUGAAAACCAAACCAACAAAACAGUAGAUGCUUCUGUUAAUAAAAAAGCUGCCGAUAGCACAUCACAGAGUGGAAAAGCCACUGGCAAUGAUUCAAGUGGUGUCAUUGAUCUCACAAUGGAUGAUGAAGAGACUGGAGCUUUACAAGACCCAAAAAAGCUAAAUCACACUCCUGUGUCAGCCAUGGGUUCUUCUCAGCCUAUGUCUCGACCAUUGCAACCCAUACAACCAGCACCACCUCUUCAGGCAUCAGGGGUGCCAACAAGUGGACCAUCUCAAACAACAAUACACUUACUACCUGCAGCUCCAACCACCGUGAAUGUAACACAUCGUCCAAUAACUCAGGUGACUACAAGACUCCCUGUACCAAGAGCUCCUGGAAACCAUCAGGUGGUUUAUACAACUCUCCCAGCACCACCACCUCAGGCUCCCCUCCGAGGAACUGUUAUGCAGGCUCCUGCUGUUCGUCAGGUCAACCCUCAAAACAGUGUUACAGUUCGAGUGCCUCAAACAACCACAUAUGUUGUUAACAAUGGAUUAACUCUGGGAUCAGCAGGUCCUCAGCUCACAGUGCAUCACCGACCACCACAAGUGCAUACUGAGCCCCCACGCCCCGUGCACCCUGCACCCUUACCAGAAGCCCCACAACCACAGCGUCUGCCUCCAGAAGCUGCCAGCACCUCUCUGCCUCAGAAGCCACACUUGAAGUUAGCACGAGUUCAGAGUCAAAAUGGCAUUGUACUGUCAUGGAGUGUCUUGGAGGUGGAUCGAAGCUGUGCUACUGUGGAAAGUUACCAUCUCUAUGCUUACCAUGAGGAACCCAGUGCCACUGUGCCCUCACAAUGGAAAAAGAUUGGGGAAGUAAAGGCACUUCCCUUGCCCAUGGCUUGUACUCUCACCCAGUUUGUUUCUGGCAGCAAAUACUAUUUUGCAGUACGAGCCAAGGAUAUUUAUGGACGUUUUGGACCUUUUUGUGAUCCUCAGUCAACGGAUGUGAUCUCUUCUUCCCAGAGCAAUUAAACCUUGGAGCCUUUAUCUUUUCCUCUUUUAAAAGUUUCACCUUUUGGUCUUGUUUUUAAUCUUGUGCAUGAUACCUAAUGUAAAAUCCACAUUGUGCAAGAUUUCUUGGACAGAUGUGUGUAUGCACUACAUUUGUUUAUAACCAGAAGCAAAAUAAACUCAGCCCAUAAAGCAAGAAUCUUCUCCCAGACAAUUCAGCUUCAGGGUUUUGAAAUGUAUAUGUGUGUACCUUGCUUUAGUUUUGAGGCUAGGAACGUGUGUAUGUGACUUUUUUUUUUUUUUUUUUUUUUUUUUUUUUGCAGGGUGGGGGGCUUCAUUUUGUUUCUAUGUUUAUUGCAGUGGAAACUCCCAUUUUUGUUCUCACAUUUACCUCUGUUUCGUAUGAAGUAGGUUAAAUAUCUGCAAGGAAUCUAUAGUAUCAGAGUUAAGUGAUUUAAACUAAAUCUAAACAAAACCCAAAGAAAUAAAAAGCAAAAUGACUAGUUUAAAAUAGGUUAAUUUGAACACAGGAAAGAAUUUGUACAUUUUUUUGUUUCUUAAGUUGUUAAUUAAAUGAAAAACAUCUGCAGUGACACCCUCCCCUUUCUUAACCAGGCUUUUAUGUUUAUUUUGUGCCUUACAGAUUUACUAUAGAAAUAAACAUGGCCAUAUGUC